UCUUGGAAGAGAGGAAUGAUGGUAUUUAAGUCUUUAUUGGGUUCUUGUAUUCAAACAGCGCAAAGUGCGCUGGAAUAUCAUUCGUUUAGUAUUUUGCUCACUCUUUGUGCAGUUUUCCUGAGCGUUUACCUGAUAUUUCGUCGAAGAAAAUCUUACAAAUUACCUCCUGGACCAACUGGAUUACCACUGGUGGGAUAUUUACCGUUCCUUUCAUCUGAACCAUUCAGAGAUCUGGACCAACUCAAAAGAAAAUAUGGUGGCAUAUUCAGUAUUUAUAUGGGCAGAAUCUAUGUGGUGAUUCUUGGGGAUUUUGAAAUUGUUAAGGAAGCGUUUAGCAAACCGACAACGACGGAUCGACCAUCGAAGCUGUUCGACUUUUUACCGGACGGAACAGGUUUUUCAAGCGUAAAUGGAAAUGAAUGGGUACAGCAGCGAAGGUAUUGCGUCCGAGCCAUGCGAGACCUUGGAUUGGGAAGAACUGCAUGGGAGACUCUAGUACAGGAGGAAGUUGAUGAUGUGAUUAAAAUUGUCAAAGAGCAAAAUGGGAAACCCGUAAAUAUCACCAAAUGGCUCACUUCCAGCGUUUCCAACAACGUUUCGUCUCUUCUCUUCGGAAGGCGAAUGGCCGUGGAUGAUCCUAGAAGGCAGAUCUUGGAUCAGUCUGUCAACGUUGUGUCUCAGUUUUUUAAACAAACCGGAAUUAGAAAUUUCUUUCCUCUCGUCUGCGAUGUUCUUGUGAAACUGGGCAUUUCCGAAUAUGCUAGACUGCACAAAAAGAUGGUUGACUUCAAUAGCUAUGUAAGAAAAGAAGUUGAGCGACGUAAAAAUGAUUCUUCCAUUGGAUGUCGAGAAACAUUCAUAGAUGGAUAUUUACAAGAGAUGAAGAAAAGAGAAAAUGAUGUAAAAAAUACAUUUAACGAUAGGAAUCUCUACGGCAAUUUGCAAGCUAUCUUUAUCGGUGGAAGUGACACGACGAGAACUUCUAUCAACUGGCUUCUUCUAGUCAUGGCGAAGUUUUCGAACAUCCAGAGGAAAGUUCAAGAGGAAAUAGACAGAGUAUUGGGAAAAGAUGGCAAAAUCACUUGGUCCGAAAGAACCUCAUUACCUUACACUUUCGCUGUAAUCAUGGAAGGACAAAGAUGGAAGACCAUUGCUCCUCUCAACACAUCGAGAAUUGCAAUGGAAGACAUAAAAAUUGGUGGAUAUGAUAUUCCAAACGGUACAACAAUCAUCGCCAACAACUGGGGACUCCAUAACGAUCCCAAAUAUUGGAAAGAUCCGGACAACUUUGAACCGGAACGAUUUUUAUUGAAUGACGGGAAACAAGUGAAUUUCAAAUCUGAAAGCUACGUCCCAUUUUCUUACG